GGUGCCUUCCCGGAAGGGCUCAGAGGCGGGCUCGGUGAGUGGAGUCGGACAGGGGGUGGGCCCCCUGACUGCCUGACGGUCGUGCAGGGGCCUACAGGACCUCUGGGGAGGAUGUUGUUAACUUAAAGAGCCAGGCUGAUGAGGAAGGUUCAUGAGUCCUUUGGGUAUAAGCGGGAGUUGGGGCGGCCGGAGGGCAGAUGACUCUGAGAAGGGCAAGAACUUUCAGCUUUUAAGCCCAACCGGAUGAGUUGCCUGCAGUUUUGGAGGCCUUCACAGCAUUUCACUAGACAUCUGUCUGUAUCGCUCCAGUGUCUUUAGCCAAGCUUUGAUUAAAGAUGACUUCCUUGUUUGCUCAAGAAAUUCGCCUUUCUAAAAGACAUGAAGAAAUAGUAUCACAAAGAUUAAUGUUACUUCAACAAAUGGAGAAUAAAUUGGGUGAUCAACACACAGAAAAGGCAUCUCAACUCCAAACUGUUGAGACUGCUUUUAAAAGGAACCUUAGUCUUUUAAAGGAUAUAGAAGCAGCAGAAAAGUCACUACAGACCAGGAUUCACCCACUUCCACGGCCUGAGGUGGUUUCUCUUGAGACUCGUUACUGGGCAUCAGUAGAAGAAUAUAUUCCCAAAUGGGAACAGUUUCUUUUAGGAAGAGCACCAUAUCCUUUUGCUGUUGAAAAUCAAAAUGAAGCAGAAAAUACCAUUCAAAAUGAGGCACAGCGAUAAGUUCUUCACAUGCUAUUUCAAAAAGCCUGUUUAGUAAAGCUGAACGUUAAGGUGUAUGUAGGUUAUUGCAGGAGCUUUAGGAAUUAAAUAUUCCUAAAGUUCAUAUUCUUCCAUUAUCUCCUAAGUGACAGUGAAGAUAUGAGAAUUUACUGGCAAGUCUCAUGUUAUCACCUACUACUAUUUCAAGGUCAUGAAUUUGCUUUCUACCAAACCCAUAGAUGUGUUAAACACUAAUACUAAAAGUUGGACUCUUUAUUAAUUAAAUUAUUGUCAGUGUUGUGAGUGUGUUGCUUUAAAAAAAAAAAAAAAAAUUUACAAUCAUUCUCCUCUAAGCAGGUAUCUUGGUUCUGGUUUUAAGUUUUUUAGAAUCUUUACUUUUUAGGGACAAGGUAUAGGAUCAACAUGGUUCUUUUUUUUAACCAUUAUUGUUUCUUUUAACAAAUUAAAAAACAAUGACCCCUAGACUGCUCUAGUAAAAUAACUUAUGAGAAAAUAAAUUCAUAGGAUUUUGUCCCUCACAGAUAGCCAAAGCUCUACAAGUUCUGGAGACAGAAAGAACUGAACUAUAAAGCAGUCAAUAAGUAGCCAGUUUCAGGAAGACUCAGACUUGGUUUUGAAAAAGGAUGCCUUUUAGAGGUGGGAAUGGUUAUUGGAUUUUGACUUGGUGAAGGAUUGCCAACCUUGUGAAUGCAAAUAACCCCACUCUUGUCUUUUCAUCUUUAAACUUCCCCUUCCCGCUUCCUGCUAAUUUCAUUAUUCCUGAAAAAACUGUCAGUCAGAAAGCAUUGGGUCACAACCCUAAACAGCUUUGAGAUUCCUCAGUCCACCUCUGCUUGAGCACUUAAAAAAAAAUAUAUAUAUAUAUAUAUGUAUAUAUACAUAUAUAUACAUAUAUAUAUAUAUAAAACUUUGCAACUACAGAGGCAGCCUCUGCUAGUAAAGGGUACCUAUGCUAUAUUACAAUAAAAUGUUUUAAAUUUCAAGCUGGUUUAUGUUUUUAAAAGAAGACAAUAGGAAAAGCUAAAUACACAGCAACAACAACAACUAUAUUGAAACGUCCAUUGUGCCGAUAAGUUCCUUUAAACUACCAUCUUGGAAAUAUCCUGUUGAGUGGGUGUUGGUGUGCGUAACAAUAAUGUUGUUUUCAUAAUAUGUGCUGGCAGAUUAGCACACUUCUCUACAGUGUUAACAGUUGUAAUUAAGGAAUAAACAGCACAGGGUGUCAGUCCGAUGACAAUUUCAUCUAUAGUGUCACAAUACAAAAUGUCACAAAAUAUUAGAACUGUUAUAUAACUAGAAAAAGGAUCAACUUAAAAGCUAAAAGCCUUUGAAAAAAGAAGACAGAGGAAGGAAGAAAAAAGAAAACUGGCAUAGCAACCAGAACAAUUUUAUACCUUCUCAAGAAUGUUCUGUCAUGAAAAUAAAUUGAUAAUUUUUUUCUGUUA